AUAUUCUGUUCACAUAUUUAUUAGUUAAGUGUUUAGUAAUCGUUGACUCAAUUCAAUGGUUAAAGGCUUUGAAUGACGAAAAGUGUGGUAACCAUAGAAACAUGUCGUCAGUCAGUGAUUGUACCGAAAAGAGAUGAAAGACAUGACUGAAGUCAACACAACUAUAGACACAACUAUAGACACAACUGUCCAUUCAAUGUAUGCUUAAAUUGUAUCAAACAUCUGGUCAAUUGGUUAUUAGUCAGUAUCAGUUCACUUGUGGUCAUUCCCGAUGAACUGUUGGCCUUCAUCAGCGGCGAGUGACUGUUCGGCCACCCAUUUGUUGUGUGGAUCGCAAUCACAUUCAUCGCAGUCGUCGUCGUCGUCGUCGGGAUUGCCAUCGAUUGUCUCAUCGAAACAUUUGUCGUCUUCUUCGUCGUCGACUUCAUCUCCUUCAUCGUCGUCGUCGUCGUCAUCAUCUCGUGUGUCACAGAUGUCCCGAGUGAUGGACUUUCUGUAUAUAUCAUCGGCGCGUUGUAUCACUUAUGCAAAUAUUAAUAAAUACAAAAUUACUCACAUUAUUAACGCUACGAUUGAAGUACCGAUCAUUCAUCUGAAUGGCAUUAAAACCAUCAGAAUUGCUGUCAACGAUAAGAUUGAUGAAAAUAUUUCCCGAUUUUUUGACGACGUCUCCGAUUUUAUAUACGACGUGUCCAACAGUGGCGGACGAGUUUUGAUCCAUUGUAUGGCAGGAAUCAGUAGAUCAGCCGCUUUUGUAUUAGCGUAUCUCAUGAAAUAUCUGAGAAUGAAUCUGAAAGACGCUUACAAUAUGUUGCACAAGAAGAGGCCAAUCGUACGACCGAACGGUUCAUUUUUUAGACAAUUGAUUGAUUAUGAGUGGCGACUGUUCGGCAAAAAUUCGGUGAAAAUGGUAUACUUAGAGCACAUGAAUAUUGAAGUACCCGAUCUGUUUGUUCACGAAUACAAGAAAAUGGUUCUCUUGGAGGCCAUCAUUGCCCGCACCCGACACUCACAUAGACAUACUUUCGGUUCAAAAACCAAUUUAAUUAACAAUUAAUAAUUUUUAUUACUAGUUAUUAUUGUAAUUAUUUUA